AUGAGAAGAGGUAGUAGUAGUAGUGGUGGUGGUAGUAAAACGACACCGUGUUGUAGCAAAGUUGGGAUAAAGAGAGGGCCGUGGACGGCGGAGGAAGAUGAAGUUUUGUGUGAAUUUAUAAGAAAAGAAGGAGAAGGACGGUGGAGGACUCUUCCCAAGAGAGCUGGCUUACUCAGAUGUGGAAAGAGCUGCCGUCUCCGGUGGAUGAACUAUCUCCGUCCAUCUGUAAAACGUGGCCAUAUCCAACCCGAUGAAGAAGAUCUCAUACUCCGUCUUCAUCGUCUUCUUGGCAACCGGUGGUCUUUAAUAGCUGGGAGAAUUCCAGGAAGAACUGACAAUGAAAUAAAGAAUUAUUGGAACACUCACCUUAGCAAGAAGCUAAUCAAUCAAGGUAUAGAUCCAAGAACCCAUAAGCCCUUCAAUAACAAUAAUAAUAAUAAUCAAACACCACCACCACUACUUCAUCAUCAUCCUCAUCAUCAUCAUCAACAUGAUCAUACUAAUAAGAUCAUGAUCAUGAAUAAUAAUAAUAACAAUAAUAUUCAUCAAGCACCUCCAAUAAUGUUAAGUACUGUCCCUGAAGAAGAGCAAGAAGAAGAAGAAGAGUUAUUAGCUCCAACUACAACAACUACUACUCCUCCUCCUCCUCAUCAUCAUCAUCAUAAUAUUGAAGCUAUUACACCAAUAAUUAAUAAUAAUAAUAGUAGCUUUGAUGAUCUAAUGAUUGUUGGUGGUGGUGAUCAGUUAUACAAUCAUGAUCAUUUGAGGAUGAUUAAAAGUAGUACUAAUAAUGAUCAAGAGAUUAAUGAAGAUGAUCAUCAUGAUGUGAACUUAUUAUACUCAUGUUCUCAUGAUGAUGUACUCUUCUCUUCAUUCCUCAAUUCGAUUAUCAAUGAAGAUGCUUUUCUUUCUAGUAAUGGUGAUCAAGAUCAUCAUCAUGAACAACAACAACAACAACAACUACUACUUCUUCCUAAUCAUCAUCAUGAUGAUCAUGAAGAUCCUAGUUUACUCUUUCCGGUGAAUAAUAAUAACAACUCUUCAUCACCCAAUGGAGGAUUCUGCUUCGAUCAACCAAAGUAGUGAUCAUUAUUAUAUAUGUAGUGUGUUUGGCUAUUUAUAAUUUUUAGAGUUUGUGUUUUGAAUAAUGUUUUGUAUUAUGUUUUAUGUUAUAUAUAUAUAUAUAUUAAUAUGUAUACUUAAUACUUGUAUGUUUUUCUAUGAACUUCAUUUAAAUCAUAGUUGUUUCAAUGGACUUGUGUUGUGGUU